AUUUUGGAAAUAUUUACUAGUUAAACCUUUCAAGAAAUUCCUGCAUCAAUUGGAUCCGGAAAUCGCACAGAUGCUGUGCUAGUAUUUUCGGCUCGUGCCAUUUAAACACUUACAAAAUAUUGCACGCGCAAGAGUCGACAUGGAUUCAGUCAAAAUUCGCAGCCAGUCGUACAUUCUGUGCAAAAGUGUUCCAUUCAUUCAAUCAUGUUUCUUCUUGCUCGUUUUUGUUUUUGUUUGUGUGUAAAUAUUAGCACUAUUUUUAGAGCUCGGUGGGAGGGUCCCCGUUCUAAAAGUAGUACCUACGUCCAAGAAUAUAUGACACGCAUACAGCAAUAAUUCCAUGUGGAACAUCUGUCAUCGUUUUAACGAGUAGCUCAAGUUCUGGCUAAGGCCUCCGCCACAACGGACUGACUAGUAAUGUCUAAAGCCAAUUCGUUGCCUUCAAAAGGUCUCGCAUUUGGUUGGAUCUUGUGUGUGGCGUGUGCCGCCACGCUCUUUUCCACAAGUUGGGCGCAUGUGGAAGACGUUGAGAAUGCCGUCAACAGCACCAACAACGAUGCAGAGCACAGCGCAGAGCUGCCCAGCGAGGUCCAAAAAGCGGUAUGUACAGUGACCGCUGGUGAGAUUAAGGCAUCUGCCGAAGCUGUUACUACAAAGACCCUAAAGGGUGUCUGUGGAUCGGAUGAAAUGAACUUGGCCUUUCGAAAUCUCGAGACAAAACUUUACGCGGAGCUACGCGAAAUAAAAUGGUUAUUGGAGCAAGUGGCAAUGGCUAAUUCGGUGGAAAUAGUCGCUGAACCGACUCCACCUCCUCCACCACCAGUGACACAAAGAACUGUCCCAUCAAAUGAUGUCGAACUGGAGGAAAUCCUCAAGGCAAUGGAACCAAAAGUCAGCACUAAAAAGAUGCCCAUACUAAAGGAGUUGGCAACGAGGCAAAAGGUCAUGCAGGGAGUGCGAGAUGAGGAGGUCAAUAAGUUCAACAAUACCAUGCUGGCUGACCAGGACUUUAAACUGUUUACCUACUACUGGAAGUUGGAUAAUUUCACAAGCAGAAUUGAAGAUCUUUCAACGAGCACUGUCAACAGUCCUGUGUUUAGCAUCAGAGGCAAAUCCCUUCAACUGCGUUGCACCUUUCACUAUUUAAAUCGCGAAAUGCUGAACCUACAGCUGGGCUAUGCGCAAAUUCUUCCACCAGGCGACCAGAAGAACAUUGCCUUAGACAUGGGCGGAAUAUUCAAGACGAUGAAGCAUUGGACAGACGACACGCCAUUCAAGCACAAAAUCUCCAUACUGGAUCAGAAUUACAGCCACCGAAAGGCAAAGGAUCUCGGCUCACAGGAACUGACCAAACUGGAGACGAGCUUUUCCAUACCGAACAGUGCACUUUUGGGCAGCACGUACAUCAAGCAGAACACGCUGUUAAUACAGAUUAUAUUGUAUUUGUGAGUGACGAAAUAAAAUGUGUUUAUUCGGUUGAGUUAUUAAAUCAAAGAGAGACCAAAACCGCAUACUCUACUU